AUGGAGUGUGAUCCUGGCAUUGAGAGCGAUGGCCCGUCUGGCAAGGAUGAUGAAGGCUGGAAAUGGGAAAAGACAGGGGAAGCGGCUUGGGCUGCAAAUCAGGACAUCAGCUCGGAAGAGGAUGAGGAAGGGUUCGCCAAGCCAAAGCUGGGCUCUCGGUUUGGGGGCGAGGUAAAGUUCAUGGAUGCCAUCGGAGUUGAGCUAGGGAAGCUAUUGCGUGAGAGAUUUGAUGUGAGACGUCUUGCAAUGGAGUCAAUGGAGUUGGCAACCGGUGAUGUGAAGCGUGCGUGUCGCUUGGUCAAGGUGGCUCGGCAGGAUUGCGGGCUGCAAGCCUGUAAGACUGGUGCGCGUGGCGGCGAGCGGUUGUGGCUGAACAAAGUCGGCGCAUUUGGGGUAAGCAGCGCUGCCUAUCAUUGGAGCCGCCUCAUGCCAGGCUUGGGCCGACUGGUCUAUUACAUGUGGGGACGCGCUGAAAUGGCUAUGUUGGUGUUCGUUGAUGACCUCUUCUGGCUGACGCGGGAAAAAGGUGGUAUGGAAAAGAUUUUGGGGUCAAUCUUCUUCAUGGUCAUUUUAGGGCUUCCCUUUUCUCGGAAAAAGUUUUGCGGUGGUUUACAGCUAUCCUGGGCUGGCUUCAUUCACAUUGGAUUUGAACGCUGGGUGGCAGCUGCAGUGGGUGCUGGGUUUGUUGGCAAUGGAGGGCUCAAAAGCCCAGGAAGCUUCAUGAACUUUGUGAAGUACGGCAAUCACUCACAGGCACAGAUGUGUGUCCUGCGUGGUGGUCUUCGAAAGCUGGGGCUCAGCGACUCGUUGCCGAAGGCCUUGGUGGAGGCCUGCAAGACGCAGACGAGCACCGUUGAGGCGGUCCUGUCCAGCGAGCGGCUGAUCGGUGAGGAGUUAGAUGGCGACGUCUUCGUGUGGGGCGCAGAACAAGGAGCCUCUUGGUGCAAACGGCGCGAGAUCCGUGGCGGAAGCUUGCGCCGGAGACUAGAAGAAGCGCAAAAAGAAGUCGAAGGGUCUUUGCUCUACAUGGCUGAGCUCAGUAAAGCGACAAAGCGUCCACACCACCUCACCGGCGAGCCCUGCCGGACGCUGACGCUGCGCGACGUCAAAGACCUGCAGCUUCCGCCUCUGGGAGACCACGAAGGUCUUGAGCUGCCAAUGUGGGACCGUGGCCACUCCUUUGUGGGAGGACGAGGUGUUGGGAGUUGCCUGCACGUGGACCAGGCGUGGUGGAGCAAUAUUGCCAAGAACUACACAGGCUACAAGCUUGUGGCGGUCUGGAGCAACUGCGACGUGCUUCAGUUGAAGGGCCAGCUCUUCCGAAGGCCGUUGUCCAAAGAACAGACUGACGCCCUGCGGAAGGUGGGUCUUCGGAGAAUGGAGAAUUGCCUUUGUGAAUCGUUCACGGGGAUUGUUAGGGCCCAUUGCCAGAGAUUGGAAUACCAGCUCUUUUGCUACAACGGUUGCGCUGCUGGGCCCUGGAGAUGUGGCAAGGAGGAGCUUGCAAUUUUGGACGAUGGGUUCGAUGUACCAGGUGGUACAGCGGAAAAGGCAUAUGUGGAAGCUGUGGGGAAGCUGGAGAGCUCAGGAGUUGAGACCGUGAUGGUCUUGGGACUACAUCUUAGGCUAAAACUCUGGAUAAGCCGGAUCUUGCUGCAACUGCCGAGAAGUGGCACACCGUCAGCCAGCAGCUUGAGUUGGUUGGAGUUCUUGGCAUCUCAGCGUUCCGAGCAGCUCUCCUGGCGCCUCCAACGCGCCUUCGAUGAGCGCGUCGAGUGCUUGGAGUCGGAGUCUCCACUGGCGGUGUCGUAUGUGGAGAUGAUGCACCGGGAGUAUUCGCUCCUGGCUGAGCUUGAAGAGAGCUCGUCCGGCUUUGACGAUACGCUUCCAGUGCUGCAGAUUGCCCAAGUGGUUCCUCCACGUGUGCUGAUCAUUGCCGGCUCCGACAGUGGAGGUGGUGCUGGACUGCAAGCAGAUUUGAAGAGCUGCGCUGCCUUGGGCGCCUUCAGUACCACAGCAAUCACAGCGUUGACAGCGCAGAACACCCAUGGCGUCCAGGGAAUCUUCCCGGUGCCCAUCGACUUCCUGCGACAGCAGAUCGACUCGGUUCUCUCCGACCUGGGCACCGACGUGGUGAAGACAGGGAUGCUGGCGACCUCGGAGAUCGUCCAAGCCGUGGCGGAUGCCCUGAAGGUGGCACGGGGAGCCUCGUUGGUGGUCGAUCCUGUCAUGGUCUCCACCAGCGGGCACACGCUCCUGCAGGAGGACGCAAUCCAAAGCCUUAAGGAGGAGGUGUUUCCGCAUGCGACAAUUAUCACCCCAAACUUGCCGGAGGCUUGCUUGUUGCUGGGCUUGAAAGAGAUCAAGACUGUGGCCUCCAUGGAGGAAGCAGCGCGGCAACUCACAGCCUUGGGACCUCGAUGGGUCUUGGUGAAAGGCGGACACCUGCAGGAAAGCGUGGAGGAAGCCACAGACAUCCUUUGCAGCAAGAGUUCUGGCGAGUGUAUUCACUUCAACUCAAAGAUGAUCCCGAAGACAAGCCACACCCACGGCACUGGCUGCACUUUGGCCUCCUCCAUUGCUGCCUUCUUGGCAAAGGGCCUCCCAGUGCCGGAUGCUGUGAAAGCGGCCAAGGACUUUGUGAGCGGGGCCAUCGCGGCAUCAGCACACUUAACGUUGGGGAGUGGUACCCAAGGGCCGAUGAACCACAGCUGGGCACACUUCGUGUGGUGA